UAUUUGUUAUGUUGGUAAGGUUAAUUUAGAGGACCGGCUGAGAGGACGUCAAAAUAUUUAGAAAGAAGUAUUACCUGUGACUGUGAAUGGCGGCGAUUGAGAAAGUGAAGGUGGUUGUUCUUGGAGACUCCGGGGUUGGCAAAACAUCUUUGACAUAUUUAAUUGCACACAACAAGCCGUUGAUAUCACCAGGAUGGACAGUAGGCUGUUCUGUAGAAGUCAAGUUACACAGAUUCAAGGAAGGAACCCAAGCACAAAAUACUUUCUUUGUAGAACUUUGGGAUGUUGGAGGUUCAAACGGCCAUAGGAAUACUCGAAAUGUUUUCUAUCAGCCAACUCAUGGGAUAAUUUUAGUCCAUGAUUUAACUAAUAGGAAGAGUCAAGUAAAUUUACAGAAGUGGCUGACUGAAAUUUUGAAUCAGGACAGCUCUAAUCCUACAUUCCAACAGGUUGAUGUUGAUCCUGAACAGUUUCUUGGUUCAACACAGAUACCUAUAUUAGUGAUUGGCACAAAGUUUGACUUGGCAGAGGAAAAACAAAGGAAAAAUCAAUAUAGACGGCUGUCUAGUAGCAUCGCAGAGCAAUGCGGGGCAGAUGAAAUAUUUGUCAAUUGCUUUCAGGCAAGAUCUCUGGCACCUGGGACAAGCAACUCAGUGAAGUUAACCAGAUUUUUUGAUAAGGUAAUAGAACGGCGUUAUUAUUCCCGAGUGAGUCCGUUCUCGGACACAAGGCGUAUACCGCCUUACAUCAUGGCGCCCUCAACACCACUCUCCAACAACAGACCUCAGCAAUAUUUAAGCCCGCGUUUCUACCAUAUGGAUUGAUUUAAAAAUGUAUACUUAUUUAUUAUGUUCUGUGAUGAGAUACCGAAGAGUGGCUUUGUAAAAGUCUCUUGAAAAUUAAUAAAGACCUGAUUUAAC